GGCCUUCUCGGGCUCGCGCUGCCCGGGGGAUGCUGGGACUGGGUGUCCGGGCGGCUCUGGCCCGAAGGCGGCGGCGGUGGCGGUGGCGGCGGCGGCGGGACCCCCGGUGUGGAGCGCCAUAUGAGACCGUUUAAGCGGAAGCAUCUUACAGCCGUCGACUGCCAACAUCUGGCUCGCAGUCACUUGGCCGUGACCCAGCCCUUCGGUCAAAGAUGGACAAACAGAGACCCGAACCACGGUCUCUAUCCUAGACCCAGAACCAAAAGAGGGACUAGAGGUCGAGGAUGCCUGGGAUACAACCCUGAAUUCUUCCUCGCUGGCCAGCAGCGGCGCACCAAUGACAUGGCCAAAAGCAAUUCUGUGGGCCAGGACAGCUCUAAGGACUCGGAGGACGAGAUGAUUUUUGCUGCAGAAGGCCACUGCGCCCUGCCUCAGGGAGGUGAUGGAGCAGUACGGCCACGCUCGUCAGGGAAGCGGUCUCGGUCCUUCGAGGACGAGAGGAAUCAAGCCACAGGGACCAGUCAGUGGGAUGGGGUUUCUAGGAAGACCCCACGGCAUCAUCUGUCCCUGUCGUGCAGACGGCCCAGGGAAGGCAGGCAGGAAGCAGAGGACGGUGUGUCGUGGUUCUCUGCGCAGCCUGGAGAAUCCAGCCAGGAGGUGGAGGACAUUGGUCCUGAUCCUGUUCCUGACUCUUACUAUGGGCUUCUUGGGACCUCGCCCUGCCAGGAACCCCAGAGCCACAUCUGCAGCCUGCCCAGUGAGGUCCUGAGGCACAUCUUUGCUUUCCUCCCCAUGGAAGACCUCUACUGGAAUCUGAGCUUGGUGUGCCACUUUUGGAGGGAGAUAAUCAGUGAUCCACUGUUCAUUCCUUGGAAAAAGCUGUAUCACCGAUACCUGAUGAAUGAAGAGCAAGCUGUCAGCAAAGUGGAUGGUAUCCUCUCGAGCUAUGGCAUAGAGAAGGAGUCAGACCUGUGUGUGCUGAACCUCAUCCGCUACACAGCCACCACUAAGUGCUCCCCGAGUGUGGACCCUGGACGGGCGUUGUGGAGUCUGAGGGAUCACCUCCUCCUCCCCGAGGCAGAGGCCUGCGUGCGCCAACACCUCCCCGAUCUCUACGCUGCCCCUGCCGGUGUCAACGUGUGGGCCUUGGUGGCGGCCAUCAUCCUCCUGUCCAGCAGCGUCAAUGACAUCCAGCAGCUGCUCUUCUGCCUCCGGCGGCCCAGCUCCACAGUGACCAUGCCAGACAUCACCGAGACUCUGUACUGCAUUGCCGUGUUGCUCUACGCCAUGAGGGAGAAAGGGAUCAACAUCAGCAACCGGAUUCACUACAACAUUUUCUAUUGCCUGUAUCUUCAGGAGAAUUCCUGUGCUCAGGCCACAGAAGUCAAAGAGGAACCAUCGGUCUGGCCAGGCAAGAAAACAACCAUCCAGCUGACACAUGAACAACAGCUGAUCCUAAGCCAUAAGAUGGAACCUCUCCAGGUGGUAAAAAUUAUGGCAUUUGCAGGUACUGGGAAGACCUCCACCCUGGUCAAGUACGCUGAGAAGUGGUCUGAGAGCAGGUUUCUGUACGUGACCUUCAACAAGAGCAUCGCCAAGCAGGCCGAGCUCGUCUUCCCCAGCAAUGUCAUCUGCAAGACCUUCCACUCCAUGGCCUACGGGCACAUCGGGCGCAAGUACCAAUUGAAGAAGAAGUUGAAUCUCUUCAAGUUAACCCCCUUCAUGGUCAACUCUGUCCUCGCUGAAGGGAAGGGUGGCUUCAUAAGGGCCAAGCUAGUAUGUAAGACUCUGGAAAACUUCUUUGCCUCGGCUGACGACGAGCUGACGAUCGACCACGUGCCCAUCUGGUGUAAGAACAGCCAGGGACAGAGAGUCAUGGUCGAGCAGAGCGAGAAGCUUAACAGUGUCCUCGAAGCGAGCCGACUUUGGGACAACAUGCGGAAGCUGGGCGAGUGCAAGGAGGAGGCUUACCAUAUGACGCACGACGGCUACUUGAAACUCUGGCAGCUCAGCAAGCCUCUGCUGGCCUCUUUUGACGCCAUCUUUGUGGACGAGGCCCAGGACUGUACCCCAGAGCCCUUACUUUCCAUCUUCUUGGUCGCAGCGAUCAUGAACAUAGUUCUGUCUCAGCCAUGUGGGAAAAUCUUCGUGGGGGACCCACACCAACAGAUCUAUACCUUCCGAGGUGCAGUCAACGCUCUGUUCACAGUCCCUCACACGCACGUCUUCUAUCUCACACAGAGUUUUAGGUUUGGUGUGGAAAUUGCCUAUGUGGGAGCUACAAUCUUGGAUGUCUGCAAGCGAGUAAGAAAAAAGACUUUGGUUGGAGGCAACCAUCAGAGUGGCAUUCGAGGUGACACGAAGGGGCAGGUGGCCCUGCUGUCCCGGACCAACGCCAACGUGUUUGAUGAGGCCGUCCGGGUGACGGAAGGAGAAGUGCCUGCCCGGAUCCACCUGAUAGGGGGGAUUAAAUCAUUUGGAUUGGACAGAAUCAUUGAUAUUUGGACGCUUCUUCAGCCGGAGGAAGAACGGAAGAGACGAAACCUCGUCAUUAAAGACAGGUUCAUCAGAAGGUGGGUGCACAGAGAGGGCUUCAGUGGCUUCAAGCGGUAUGUGACUGCGGCCGAGGACAAGGAGCUGGAAGCCAAGAUUGCGGUCGUGGAGAAGUACAACAUCCGGAUUCCAGAGCUGGUGGAAAGGAUAGAGAGAUGCCACAUAGAGGACUUGGACUUUGCAGAGUACAUCUUGGGCACUGUGCACAAGGCCAAAGGCCUGGAGUUUGACACUGUGCAUGUCCUAGAUGAUUUCGUGAAAGUGCCUUGUGCUAGGCACAACCUCGCUCAGCUGCCCCACUUCAGAGUCGAGUCGUUUUCUGAGGACGAGUGGAAUUUACUGUAUGUAGCAGUAACUCGCGCCAGGAAGCAUCUCAUCAUGACCAGGUCACUGGAGAACAUCUUGACUUUGGCUGGGGAGUAUUUCUUGCAAGCAGAGCUGACAAGUAAUGUUUUGAAGACAGGCGUGGUCCGCUGCUGCGUGGGGCAGUGCAGCAACGCCAUCCCCAUGGACACCGUGCUCACCAUGCGGAAGCUACCCAUCACCUAUAGCAACAGGAAGGAAAACAAGGGUGGGUACCUUUGCCACUCAUGUGCAGAGCAGCGCAUUGGGCCGCUGGCCUUCCUGACUGCCUCCCCCGAGCAGGUGCGCGCCAUGGACCGCACCGUGGAGAACAUCGUGCUUCCCCGGCAUGAGGCCCUGCUCUUCCUUGUCUUCUGAGAUGCAGGGAGCUCUCUCCUCUGGCCGGGAUGCUGGGCAGACUCCUGCCUCCGUGGACGGCGGCAUGGGGGGCUCCCUCCCCGAGACCGGACUCACUCACAGAGCAUCUUCUGAGGAAGAUGAAGCCGACUGGAGCUGGACUUGCCGUGUCUCCACCCCUGGAGGUAGCCAGACCCCACUGCCCCUCCUCCACCCCAGCAGGCCGGGGAUGCAGGGGAUGGUCUUUUGAUAAAAAAAAAAAAAAGAAAAAAAAAAGAAAAAUUAUGUAUUUAAACUUUUAUUACAAGGUUUCGAUUAAACAGGCAUUGUAGCACUGGC